AGGAGAAGCAUGUUGAAGUCAGGGAUGGUAGAUAAUUGAGUCGGCUGAUCGAUUAUUAACGACGGGGGAUGACUUUAGGGUUCAUCGAUUGCUUCCAUGGAGAUUCCUAAAAUCUCAAAGGUUGACAAGCUAAUCGCCGAGCCGAGGAUGAAGAAGAAGAGAAUGAAACCUGAAUCUCUCACAUCUCUUAACAAUCUCGAUGAUGGUUGCCUCAUGCACAUCCUCAGCUUCCUCUCUCCGAUUCCUGAUAGGUAUAACACAGCACUCGUUUGCCACAGAUGGAGAUAUCUGGCUUGUCACCCUCGCUUGUGGCUACGAGUCGACCCUUUCGUGAAGGAUUUAUCCCUCCCUGGAGUUUUCCACAGCAUUGAAUCAGCUGUGUCUGCUGCCAGACCUGGCGAUACCAUUUUAAUAGUGGCUGGUGGAAGUCAUCGCGUUUCCAAUAUUCAGAUUAAAAAGCCCCUUUGUCUGUUAAGUGGAAGCCCCAAUGUCUUGAGGCUGAAAUAGUAUUUAACCUUCUUCGCUGAGGAAUGGGUUGUGUGCUGCUAAGGCAUAAGUACCAGUGUUCAAUGAAUCAAAUAGUAUUUCAGUUUUCAUCUCAUAUUUUCUUUGUUCAGAUUGGUAGUGGCGAGAUUCCUGAUGAAACCACCCUUGUAUGUUCUAGAGGAUCAGACAGGUUUGGAGCUCAUAUUCCCUUUUAAGUCAUCUCUUUCACUCUGCAGUUUUUUCUUGUAAAUGCUUCAUUGGAGGUUUAGUGUCCUAGUAGUUGCUGCUUAACGCAUUUAUGACAUCAUGUUUUAUGUCACCAUGCUAGUGUUUUUUUAUUUAUCACAAAGAAAAUUCUUUGGUAUACGGCUUUUUGUUGUUGGGUUUCUUUUGCAGUGCCCUGGAGUUGCUAUCAACCUGCAAGCUAGCGAAUCUAACAGUAAAAGCCGAGCUUGGCUGCUGCUUGCUUCACAGGAGUGGAAGGCUAACGAUUGAUGGAUGUGUGCUUCAAUGUGAAACAAACCCUUUGGAUCAUCUUUCAUGCCCAAUUGUGAGCACUGCUGGAGGAGAUGAAGAAGAUAACUUGAGCCGCCAUGUGGAAGUUAAGGAAACUGUUGAUGAAAAGAUUAAGGGAAACAGUGUGACUGUUUUGCAGACAAGGAUUGAGGGAGGUGCAAAGGCUGUUGCUACUAGCGGAGACUUGGUAUUGCAGCGUGUUCGAGUCAUGUACUCGAAGGAUUACCUCUAUUUCUGGUUUGAUGUAGAUCAGGAGUGAGAGUGAUCUCUCUGUUGUAUGUUAGAUUAAUUACUUGCACCUUUUUCUUCAACCUGCAACAUUUGUAACAUUAGGUGGGAUGGUGGUCAACUGGCCAUCUAUCAUUAUUAUCUCCUUUGUUCUUUAUUGUUACUUUUUCUUUUUAAAACAUAAUGUGUAUGAUUAUGUUAAGAAUAAUGUACUUAACAUAAUCAUAUAAAAAUAAUACAUAGUUUUUUCAAA